AAGAAACGCGGGCAAAAUCGGCCAUUAUUCCACAAUUUCUCUCAUGGUCAAGUAAAGUGCAUAUUGUUUUUCUAAUCCGUGCGCUAUCCAGGAGUCAUGGGGUUCUAGCCGCCUUAAGUUUCGCACACGCGAGUGUGCCGUCACAACUAGUUAAAAUGAAAGCCAUCAUGGCGCUUUUCCCAUCCGCCGUUUCGGCAUCGCAACAAGCAUCUUCAAUAAAUCUUUCCGAAUUUCCAAUCCUUUUGAGCAACACCCGACUUCGAGAUGAGUUCCGUGCUGCUUUGGAAGGAGGAGCCCAGGUCGCCCUUCGACUUCGAUGAGGCGUCUCUGGUUGACGUGUCCCUCUACCAGACAUCUUUGGACCAGUAUGACAUCAAAUUUGACUCCGAUCUCGCAGCCUGCGAAAGCAAGGCGGAGGUUGCCUCUCAUAUCCUGGAAAACCUCGAAAACCUGAUGGAUUUGGAUGAUCUCAUCAAGGAAGAAUCAUUCCUCCUCGAUGAGAAAAUCCUGCCAACCAUCCUCGAUGAAGUGGAGCCCCCGCGCGCUGUACCAGUUCCCGUACAAAACCUGAAAUCCGAAUACCCCGACGAAACUCAGUAUCUCCUCCAAGAAUUCCAAACCAUGUACGACGUCGUGGAACUGGCACACACCAACACGAAGCCACCCCAAGGCACACUGACGCCCCCUCAAAGUCCCCCCGGCCAGGCGCCACCACUGCUCACCACUCUCGAACCACUCCUAAAUUAUUCGGUAGUCGAAGCUGACAACAAAGUUGUCGUAUUUUCCGUACCUGAAAAGCAGUUCCUCGAGAACUACACCAUAGGCACCGACAUCGUCGAACUGAACUACCCGCCGGUGGCGACUCCACAGCCUGAUAUUGCCCACGAACUCGCCGUUGUCGAGGAGCUGUUGCGCUCCCGCGUCGAAACCAUGCAGUGGAGUAGUAGCCCCGGUUCUCCGGGAGGCAGCAGUAGCAGCUGCAGCAACUUUGGCGACUGCUCCUCCUCCUCGGACGACCCCGAGUGGGUGCCGGACGCAGUGGACAGCGUCGCCGACGAGGCGCCGAAGCCGUCGCGAAAGCGCGCGCGCGCCCACUCGAAGGGGGCACCAGAAGAGAAGCGCGUGCGCAAGAAAGAGCAGAACAAGAACGCCGCCACGCGGUACCGUAUGAAGAAGAAGGCUCAGGUCGAGGAGAUCCUCACGGAGGAAAAACAGCUCCAGAACCACAAGGCUGAGUUGGGGGACAAGGUCUCUGACCUGGAGCGUGAGAUCAAGUACUUGAAGGGGCUGAUGCGCGACCUCUUCAAGGCCAAGGGGCUCAUCAACUGAUUUACUUUCAUUAUAACAUUGUUGUUUUUCACUUUGUUUUAUACUGAUGUUGUUUUGCUUCAAAAGUGUCUGGUAGAACAGUCUCACGUCACGAGAGGAAAGAUUUUUUUCAUUUGUAGGUUUAGUGAGGCCAGGAAUAUCGUUCUGGAACUGCUAGAUCUUUCCGGAGCUAUAUUCUUUGCCAUCUUUAUUUUGACAUAUACAUUUAUACUACACGCCUAUUCAUGUUACGCUCCUAACAUAGUCCUUAGUUUGAUUUACUAAUAAAGGUUCACUUACAUGGGUUA